CGGGGCUCUACCAGCUGGCCAUAUUGUACAGCAGCGUCUCCCAAAUCGUCUGCGUCACAUCUUAAACUCACACAGCAAAGCUGGGAGGAUAAAGAGGGAAAGACUCCGCUUCACAACGCGUCUCGGCCGAGCUGGGAAAAUGGUUAAACUGGGGAAUAAUUUCACGGAGAAACCCGCCGGGAAGGUGGUUUCUGAGGACGGGUUUGACACCAUCCCUCUCAUAACUCCUCUAGAUGCCAGCCAGCUGCAGUUCCCCCCACCUGACAAGGUCGUGGUGAAGACCAAGGCAGAUUAUGAUGGCGAGAACAAGAAGGGGAAGCUACGAUCCCCCAAAAUUGCUGAGUUCUCCAUCAGCAUCAUUGAAGGUGUAUCUGAGAGACUCAAGGUGACCUUGCUGGUGAUCUGUGCCCUGGCUUUCCUGGUCUGUGUGGUGUUUCUGGUGGUCUACAAGAUCUACCAGUAUGAGCAGCCAUGUCCUGACAGCUUUGUUUACAUGCAGGGACGCUGCAUGCCUGCUGGGUUGUAUGGAAACUACCCCCCUCAGGGCCCCGGGGGCCGUGGGCGUCUCUUUACUUUCAUCAACCACUACAACAUCGCCAAGCAGACAAUCACUCGGUCGGUAUCGCCAUGGGUGACCAUCAUGUCUGAGGAGAAGGUAACCCAGCAAGAGACGGAGACGGCCCAGAAACUGGCCUAACCUACCUGGGAUCAGGAAAUGGCCUCCAAAGCUGUGGAAGAAUAAUUAAUAAUAUGGUUGUGCCAUUCAGGCAAACGUCGAGUCCCGUCGCUUUUUUGUGGGUGAGAAAAAACAAAAGCAAACAAAAAAACCCGUAACAAAAGUCAACUUCUCUUGCCUGAGGUGCUAUGCUGCCCUGUUGAUGUAGUUUGGUCAGCUGAUGUGUACAGUAGCUGGAAAUCUGUGAAUACUUUGAACGUGUUCUCAGCGAGGCUCAGUUUGGUGGAAUCACGAGUUGUUCGAACCUAUUUAUUUACGCGACAAAAUCAAGUGGCAAAUGUGUAGAAAAAGCCACAGAAUCACAGUCUUUGUACAUACACACACAUGAACAAGCUCACUUUAGUGAAACGACUCACCGCGUCUGCGUUGCUUGUUUUACCACACAUGCACGCGUGACGCUGAUAGGGGGUUUGCUCCGAUUUUAGAUUUCAUGAGGUCUGAUUAAAGCAUGUCAAGACCUUUUUUUUGAUUAGUAAAUUUUCACUUGGAGCAACAAAAUUAGUAUUUGCCUCCCUAGUUCAUGUAAGACAUUCUAAUGUUGACAUUGAGACUUGACCUGGAGGAAUUGUACCAGCGUGUAAAAAUAUUUUUGAACUGUGUAAAGUCAGCUCAUAUGCACUUAUUGAUUGUUUCCAUUAAUUAUGGACAAAUGCUUAUUUUUCAUGGUAUAACUUAAUGCUGCUGUAAUGAAUGUUUUGGCUAGUGAAUACACUGUAGUGCACUGAUUUGUCACCACAGAUGGCUGGUAGCAGUCGUUGCUUAUUUUAGUCCGUAGUGCAACAAUCGACUAGUUGCUUGCCCUGUUUUAUUUCCCUCCAUGUAUUUGUCACUUAACCUAAACUGGUCCAGUGUAUGUUCAUUUUUCAAUGUAAUGAUUACCAUUAAAGUGCGUUUGCUAAAUAAAAUGUCAAACUGAAAUAAAGAGCUCACAUUCCAAA